AUGCGCAAAGAAUUCGAGCCAUUGAAAAAUGAUCUACUACUGAGGGCUGCAAGAGGCGAAACUGUUGAGCGACCACCAAUAUGGGUGAUGAGACAAGCCGGGCGAUACCUACCCGAGUAUCAUGAAGCCAAAGGAACCCGAGACUUUUUCGAAUGCUGCCGAACCCCAGAGAUCGCAUCUACACUUACCCUCCAACCCAUUGAACGCUAUGAAGGCCUUAUCGACGCUGCCAUUAUCUUCUCGGAUAUUCUGGUGAUUCCGCAGGCGAUGGGCAUGACAGUGGAGAUGAUCGAUAAGAAGGGUCCAUCGUUUCCCGAACCUUUGAAGUCCCCCGAUGACGGUCAAUAUGAGAAGCUUCUCAGCAAGCAGGUCGAUGUGCAAGAAGAGCUAGAUUACGUAUACAAUGCGAUCACACUAACUAGAAGCAAGCUUAAGGGGAGGGUACCACUCAUCGGAUUCUGCGGUGCUCCGUGGACUCUGCUUUGUUACAUGGUUGAAGGUGGCGGGACAAAAUUGUUUGUGCAGUCCAAGAAAUGGAUAUACAAGUAUCCAAAAGAGAGCAAAGCGCUGCUACAGAAAAUUGCAGAUAUUUGUGUUGAGUAUUUAGCCUUGCAAGUCUCUGCUGGUGCGCAACUUGUCCAAGUAUUCGACUCUUGGGCGGGUGAAUUGUCGCCCGCAACAUUCAAGGAAUUUUCCCUUCCAUACCUCCAAUACAUCUCUCACAAUCUGCCUAGACGCCUACAGCAGCUCGGGAUAGAAGCAGUACCAAUGACGGUGUUUGCUAAGGGUGCUUGGUAUGCACUAGAUGACCUUUGUGACAGUGGAUAUAACGUGGUUGGCUUGGACUGGUUGCAUGAUCCUGCCGAAGCAUUCAAGAUAGCUCGCGGACGAGUAACGCUUCAGGGAAAUGCUGACCCUGGCGUUUUGUACGGAGAGCAUGCUGCUAUAACGGCUACUAUCGAGAACAUGGUUAAGGGAUUCGGUGGCGGUAAAAAAGGUUGGAUUGCCAACCUUGGCCACGGUAUCACACCGUUUGUCAACCCGGAUGAUCUCAAAUUCUUUUUUGAAGAGAUUCAUAGGCUGUCACAGUGA